GUUAUAUACUACAUGUUUUUGGCAAUGUAUGAAUCUCUGCGUCAUCUAUUUCUAACGCUAUUAACACAAAGCGAAUCUGGUUAUAAAACUGAGCAUCUCCUGAGAGAACUUAGUUUCGAGAUUACAUGUGUCCAGUUUAUUCCGCUCAUCCUUUGGAUUUAUAACCUGUCGACUUUCGAUUUGUUUGUUUGUUUGCUUGUUUUUUAAGGAAUUAUAUCUAGCAACGUUAACCUUGGCAAAUUUUAAAAAAAAAUUCUCAGUGGUGGCUUCGCGGUGGACGUCCGAGCACAAUGUAGUGUUUUUAUUAAUGACCGAGGGUUCCCGAAGUCUCUUUCGUAACUUGAACAGAUGUUUGCUCAAGGACUUGAUUCGUUUUUCAAUGUGAUUAGUAAAUAAGCAACUUUGCAUUUCCCAAUACCAUUAUUAACAAUCUUCAAAAUUAGCAUAGAGAUAUGACUCGAUUGAGCGUAUGAUGUUUCCUAAUAUAGAAAGUUAAGUUGUCAACUACUAUUUUUUUUUAUUUAGAUUGGUUUCGAUUUAGGAGCAGAACAAGGAAAUCGAAAAUCACUCUUUGUGUGCCUUUCUCGUGAAGUUUGGUUGCUGCUUAUGGCGGAAGUUGACUCGUGUUCUCAUUCCCCUAAUGUGUCACACUCUUGGCGUGUAUUAUUUAUAUUCCUUAAUGCUAUCUCCGGCGUAAUCGCCCUCGGCGGAAACUCGAUCAUACUGCUGUCCAUUUAUAAAGUGCGUUCUCUACGAUCCAAACCUUCCAAUAUCUUCAUUGCGUCUUUGGCUUCUUCAGAUGCGUUGGUAGGCUUGUUGGUGUACCCGACAUACAUCUUCUUAACCACAAAAAACUUAUGGUUCGGCCCAAAUGUGGUGUACAGGAUGGAGAACUUCUUGUGGAUUCAGAGUUUGGCAACAUCAACGUAUACUCUGUGUGCCAUAAGCGUCGAUAGACUAAUCGCAGUAACACUCGCAAUUCGCUACGGAGACAUGGUGACCAAAGGCCGUUGUUGGUAUGUAGUCUUGUCAAUUUGGAUCUCUUCCUUCUUGUUAGCGUGCUCGGCGAUAUUUAAUCACAGCACUCACACCGCGUCUAUUCUGUGGUUAACAUGCCUUGGCUUGACUUUCGUUCUGCCCUUCGCAAUCAUAACGUACUGUUACGCUCUCAUAUUUCGAGCUGCCAAUGAACAAAAAAGGAAGGUCAUUUAUCUUAAUCCCGCUGAGGCAACUGAAAUGCUUAAAAACAAGAAAGCCGCUUGGACUUCAGGAAUAGUGAUGGGUAUUUUUUUCAUAACAUUUUUUCCAAACGUAGUGUUUUCGUCUAUAGAUGUAGCCACCAAGGAUCGUUGUGAGAAGAAUCAGGUCUACCGUCAUUGGUUAUGGGGAAUUUUCUUGGCUUUCAGCAGUUCAGCUUGGAAUCCUUUCGUUUAUGCCGCAAGGAUUAGAGAAUUCAGGCAUGCGUUUAAAAAAAUUGUCAUAUUUAAUUAAGAGCCACCUUAUUUCACUUGUUUGGGAAAUAAAUUGUUGUAAGCUGUUGUCCUUGAUAAAAGAGAGAAAUAGUAAUUAUAUGAAAAAAAAAAAAACCUUCACUAAAUUUCAGUUCUUAUAAUAACUGACGUUCUGUUAAUGUUCCCGUUUGGCAUAGUUCAAGCUGAAGGUCAUCAAUAUAAAGACAGAAAAAUUAACCGAAAGAUUAGUAAUUAUGAAUUUAACACCAAACGUAGACGGAAUCCACCUUCCCAGACAUAUUUGACAAACAUCUUUAGACGUAUUUACAUAACAACCGCUCUUUGAGAGCCAGUAUUUAUAACUUGCAUCUAGGUAAGUGCUUAGGGCCCUUGUUAUUUGCAGUCGCUUCACGUGCUGACAAACGUCAUUAGAUAAUGAUCCUUAAAACACGAUUUAUUUUUGGAAAA